AUGUACCAAGUAGAGCUGUACGGCUUGAAGAGGGACAUGGUAAUUUGGAAAGCAGCACUCAGUGCCCUUGGAUCCGUUAUGGGCUACAGUGAUGACCAGCUCCUCGCAGCCGCAGCGCACGUGCUGCAGACGCAAAGCCUUCAAGGGGGGUUGCCUGCGCAUGGGAGCAGCAGAUCCACUGCUCCGUCAACUCCAAAGCCAACCGCGGGUGUGCGGCCGAGUGCUUCCGACAGUCCGGGGUCCAAGGGCAAUUCGGAUGCGGGGAUGGAGACAGCCUGUGCAGUCCAUGAGACGUUCGAGCUUGGGGUGGUUCAUCAGAGUCCCUGCGCCUUACCCUCCCCGUCGACAGCAAAGUGGUCGAUGAGUGGCCCACCAGGAUGCGCAGAACACACGAAACAGGCAGAUCCGACACACGUACCUUCGUCUGCGACAGGGCCGGUGAUGUUGGCGAUGCCGGCAGCGAGGAAACGCCGGCUGACGACUCCGUCGGUGAGUGAUGCAAAAGGGGACGUACCACCCGGGGAGCGCAGGGGUAAGCGCCAAACGGCGACAUCGCAGUACAAGGGAGUGCGGAAGGAGAAGCGCGGGAAAUGGAGCGCCACGAUCCUUUUCCUGGAGGCAGAUAAGGCGAAGCGCACCCAGAUGAGGCUGGGGGUAUACAAUAAAGAGCUGGAGGCUGCAACGGCGUAUGCUGCAGCGGUGUACGUUGUGAAGGCAGGGAAGAGGGUGGCUGGAACGGUGGAGCUGUCGGCCCCGGAGAAGUGUAUGCUGCAGGGGUGCACAUUGUCCGCCGUUCGCCAUCUCGUCAAGGGCCGCCAAUGGUUCAGAUGGACAGAGUGGGAGACGGCAUUAGCGGACUGUCCGGAGGAGGAUACAGGAGGGGAUAGGGAUGCGCAUUCCGAAUCUCAGGAUGAUGAUGAGGAUGAUGUGGGGGCAUCUCAAGUCACGCCGAUUGCAGCUGCGGCGUCUAGCGUAGGCGCAGGCGACGAAGACGUGGGAAGCCAUGGCGAGGGGGAGGCAGCUCCGGUCCGAUCAAAGCCUGUUGCUUCUGUUAUGGGCGACACACCUGGGACAGCGAAAGACACGGGUGCAAAGGCACCGCCUGCACCGGGUCCGAACGAUCCUUUUGUCGCGUUGCCUAGUGGCGCUGCGGAACCGGCGUCUGGUUCAUGGCUGGCGGCAACGUUGGCCGAGGACAACGUUGUCAUAAGCCGUCACGAGCUCGAGGAGAUGAAGACAGCGAGAGAGGAGAGCGACUGCAAGAUUGCGCGCCUAGAGGCUCAGCUGCUAGCGGCCCAGGAUCCAAAACGGGCCAACAAGAGACAGAUAGACACCAUCCUCAACUGGGACAAGCGCAAGGCACGCCUGUCCAACUCUGCUGGAGGCAACGCGCAAGUGGUGGACGGCCUGCAUUAUGUGGCACUGCUAGCAGUGAAGCAGGCGAUCCAGACGUUCAAGCCCAAGUACGACGCAGAGGUGGAGGCGUGGGUCUGGGGGGAGCAUGGUCUGAUGCUGUCCUCCUGUGGACUAGAGCACCUUGUCCCCGGCUGUUAUGCACGGAGGGCGGCUGAACAGGAGGACAACGCAUCUGGAUCCAAUGGCAGUGCUUUAGGCGGGGGCUGGGCAUCCGUUAGGAGUGGUUCGGGGUUCUAUAUGUGA